CGCUCUUUACCGAGAAAGCUACUCAAUGGCUGUUUCCCUUGGCUUUCUUCGCGGUAAUGAGGAGCGGAGCUGAAGUUUGAGGAGCGAGUGUCAAAGCCCUCUGUGUUUAUUAUCGCUCUUCGGGUUUUUUUUUAUUAUCUUGAGGGGUCUCCUUGUUGGAUUGUUGUUUUUUUCUCAGAAAAGGAUGGUGCUGGACAAGGAGGAGAGCGUGUCCCUCGUCUCCCUCCAGUCCAGAGAGAAGCCGAGGGGCUGCGCCGGCUGCAACGGGAAGAUCCGGGACCGCUUCAUGCUGCAGGCCUUGGACAGGUACUGGCAUGAGGACUGUCUGAAGUGUGCCUGCUGCGACUGCCGCCUGGGCCGGGUGGGCUCCACCCUCUACACCCGGGCCAACCUCAUCCUCUGCCGCAGAGACUACCUGAGGCUCUUCGGGGUGACGGGGAACUGUGCAGCCUGCAGUAAGCUGAUCCCUGCCUUUGAGAUGGUGAUGAGAGCCAGAGACAACGUCUACCAUUUAGACUGCUUCGCCUGUCAGCUCUGCCGCCAGAGGUUUUGCGUGGGAGACAAGUUUUUCCUCAAGAACAACAUGAUCCUGUGCCAGCUGGACUAUGAAGGAGGCCAUCUAAACGGCAGCACAGAGAUGCAGCCUCAGUAAGAGAUCGUGACGGGACGACUGUGCUGGACUGUGAAACUCACAGCAGCAGAGUCCUGUUUCAGACUGUGGAAACAACACUGAUGGGACAUAUUUGCCACGAUUGAACUCUUUAUUAUAGAGCUGCGUGGAAAACUAUCCUGAAAACUUACAAUUCUGGUCAGAUGGGCCGGAGAUCACCGAACUUGAAAUACUAGAUGGAUGGAUGGAAGCCAAUCAGGCCACACAAAGCAUCCACCGAGUCAUCCGUUAUAGAAAAUACCAAGUUGUCAAACUGAACCGUCGUGGCGUGUAGGAAGCUGCCAAACUAUCUGAAACCUUUUUGCAAAUACGGUUUGAGGAGGAUCGACUGCUUCUCCUUCAUCUCUCCGAAGACUCGAGCGAACCGAGCGAUGCUUUGAAAACUCACCGUAGUUUUGUUUUCACUCUGAUCUCAAGCUGUUUUUUUUUUUGUUUCUUGACUAAUUAAACUGAAUUUUUAUUUCAGUUGGUGUGCUCAUUAUUUAUGUACUGAGAUGACUGAAAAUCAGUGGGGAGAGGAAGUCAUUUAAACAUCGCCUCCAGACAUUUUAGAAUAAUAAUAACAAAGUCACUAAAGUGCUUACAAUGAAGAAAGAAUAGAGAGUGCUGCACUGGGUCAAGGCAUGUAUUAACAAUAAUAAUAAUACUGAUAAUAUUGGACUAUAAAAAGUAAAAAACAAACAAACUAUUGUCCACUUUUAGU